CAUCAAGCAGUGAAUGAAUGUGUUGCUGAGGAAGCGACAGUAAUAAAAGAGCAUUUGCGGGCAAAUCGAAUUGUUGUCACUGUGGAUUCAGGGCUAAGAUUCCACUAUGUGGCUGCUGGAGAAAGGGGCAAACCACUCAUGCUGCUGCUUCACGGCUUUCCAGAAUUCUGGUAUUCUUGGCGCCAUCAGUUGCGGGAAUUUAAAAGUGAAUAUCGAGUGGUGGCCCUGGAUUUGAGAGGUUACGGAGAAACGGAUGCUCCUUCCAACAAAGAAAAUUACAAGCUAGAUUGCCUGAUAACGGAUAUAAAGGAUAUUUUGGAAUCACUAGGAUACAACAAGUGUGUGCUGAUUGGCCAUGACUGGGGAGGAAUGAUCGCUUGGUUAGUGGCCAUAUGUUACCCCGAAAUGGUGACUAAGCUGAUUGUGGUUAAUUUCCCUCAUCCGUCUGUGUUCACAGAAUACAUUCUACGACAUCCAUCACAAUUGAUUAAAUCUGGUUACUACUUCUUUUUCCAAAUGCCAUGGUUUCCUGAAUUCAUGUUUACAGUAAAUGAUUUCAAGGUUCUGAAAAAUUUAUUUACCAGCCAGGCCACUGGAAUUGGAAGGAAAGGUUGCAGAUUAACAACGGAGGAUAUAGAAGCUUAUCUCUAUGUCUUUUCACAACCCGGAGCAUUAACUGGACCCAUUAACCACUACAGAAAUAUUUUCAGCUGCCUACCUCUGCAGCACCAUGAAGUCAUCAUGCCAACCCUGCUGUUAUGGGGAGAAAGAGAUGCGUUUAUGGAAGUGGAGAUGGCAGAAAUUACACGGAUUUAUGUUAAAAAUCAUUUCAGAUUAACUAUUUUGUCUGAAGCCAGUCAUUGGCUGCAGCAGGAUCAACCUGACAUAGUGAACAAGUUGAUAUGGACCUUUCUAAAGGAAGAGACAACAAGAAAAAGAGAAUGACUGUUUGUACAUAUUUUAAGGGGUCUACAUAAAAGCUUUUCAGAUUUAAAACCUAAUUGUUAUCAGGGCCGUAUUUCCAGCCUGCCUUCUCUUUUGAGCUCUGUUAGAGAAAAGUGUUUUCAAUGUACUGUACAUUUGGACACCAAUGUUACUGCUAAAAGAAGAAGUGAGUAUGAUGAGAAUAUAUGAUACCAACGUUGGUUUUACCUGUAUACUUGUAUUUUGCACAUAAAAACACCUGCCUUAAGAUAUAUAUGUAUUUGUACAGAAAGAAAAUAAUGGAAAGUUGCUUGGUUUUGUUUUCUCCCUUGCUUUACAGUUUUAAUGUGUGGUGCCUUUUACAAAUUUAUAAUGAAACGAUAGAGCGGUGCCAUACUGAAGGAAGUCAUGAGUUUUCAUUCUAGUCGCCUGAAUUUUUUUAAUGUAUUUUACCAUUAAACAGUAACUAACUUUUUAUUAUCUAUAUUUUAGUGUAUUGAAUGAUUGAAAAAUUUCUGGGCACAUUUCUAGUCUUCAAGUGAAUAAUGAUACAUAAAUUGUUGUAUUGUUGAAUGCAGCUGCUUUGGGCAAUGUUUUUCUUUCUUGACUAAAAAAUGGGAAACCUGUACACUCAACAUGUCUGAACAAGAAGAAUGGAAAAUUAAGGUAUAACGUGUAUCAAUUCCACCUCUGUCUAAUAAAAUGCAACUUACACU